UGUGUGUGUACACAGACGUCCACACACUCCCUCGCAGCCGCAGGAUCAGCGCCUGGAAGCAGACGUUUCGGCCACAGACUUGGAGAGGAGGAGCUGGAGAUCGGGAGGCGUGAGCCGCCGGGAGUUUGCAGAAUCCGUGGUGUGAACGAACUGGGGGCACCUGGGCGCGCGGAUCGCCCCCGCCCCCGCCUCGGGCUAGAGUUGAGUAGUGGGGGCAUUUUUUUCACCCUCUUGUGAAGAAUUUUUUUUUUUUAUUAUUUGUUGUAAAGUCUUUUGCACAAUCACGCCCACAUUUGGGGUUGGAAAGCCCUAAUUACCGCCGUCGCUGAUGGACGUUGGAGAGGGAGCGCCUCGCCGCGGAACAGUCGCCUGCACGCCCUCGCCGGACCCGCGGCUCCCUUGUUGCGCGCCGGCCCGGCUUUGCCUUUGCUGCCGACCGACAGGCUUCGGCGCCCCAUCGGUUCCCGAGCGCAUCCCGGCGCUACUCCGGCUCGGGCCCCCAGACUUGGGCGCCAGUGACUGCUUUGCCUGUGAUUUCCUGCGCCUGCCGGACGCGCCCAGGAGGAGUCCGAAGCUCUGCGCCGGAUCGUCCCCCCAGGCUUAACCCGGCGGCUCUGCUCGGAUUCCUCGGCUGCCCUCGCUCUAGUGGCGACUUCCUCCCCGCAGCCGCGUCCCCUCCCCCUCGCCAUGAAGAAGUCGAUUGGAAUAUUAAGCCCAGGAGUUGCUUUGGGGACGGCUGGAAGUGCAAUGUCUUCCAAGUUCUUCCUAAUGGCUUUGGCCAUAUUUUUCUCCUUCGCCCAGGUUGUAAUAGAAGCCAAUUCUUGGUGGUCGCUAGGUAUGAAUAACCCUGUUCAGAUGUCAGAAGUAUAUAUCAUAGGAGCACAGCCUCUCUGCAGCCAACUGGCAGGACUUUCUCAAGGACAGAAGAAACUGUGCCACUUGUAUCAGGACCACAUGCAGUACAUCGGAGAAGGCGCGAAGACAGGCAUCAAAGAAUGCCAGUAUCAAUUCCGACAUCGAAGGUGGAAUUGCAGUACCGUGGAUAACACCUCUGUUUUUGGCAGGGUUAUGCAGAUAGGCAGCCGCGAGACGGCCUUCACGUACGCGGUGAGCGCCGCGGGGGUGGUGAACGCCAUGAGCCGCGCGUGCCGCGAGGGCGAGCUGUCCACCUGCGGCUGCAGCCGGGCCGCGCGCCCCAAGGACCUGCCGCGGGACUGGCUGUGGGGCGGCUGCGGCGACAACAUCGACUACGGCUACCGCUUCGCCAAGGAGUUCGUGGACGCGCGCGAGCGGGAGCGCAUCCACGCCAAGGGCUCGUACGAGAGCGCGCGCAUCCUCAUGAACUUGCACAACAACGAGGCCGGCCGCAGGACGGUGUACAACCUGGCCGACGUGGCCUGCAAGUGCCACGGGGUGUCGGGCUCCUGUAGCCUCAAGACCUGCUGGCUGCAGCUGGCCGACUUCCGCAAGGUGGGCGACGCCCUGAAGGAGAAGUACGACAGCGCGGCGGCCAUGCGGCUCAACAGCCGGGGCAAGCUGGUGCAGGUCAACAGCCGCUUCAACUCGCCCACCACGCAGGACCUGGUCUACAUCGACCCCAGCCCCGACUACUGCGUGCGCAACGAGAGCACGGGCUCGCUGGGCACGCAGGGCCGCCUGUGCAACAAGACGUCCGAGGGCAUGGACGGCUGCGAGCUCAUGUGCUGUGGCCGCGGCUACGACCAGUUCAAGACUGUGCAGACGGAGCGUUGCCACUGCAAAUUCCAUUGGUGCUGCUACGUCAAGUGCAAGAAGUGCACAGAGAUCGUGGACCAGUUCGUGUGCAAAUAGCGGGCACUCGCCACCCGCCUGUCACCCCGCCCCGCUCCCAGGACCCACUUAUUUAUAGAAAGUACAGUGAUUCUUUUUUUUUUUUAAUAUUGUUUUAUUUUCCCCCGAGAAUUACAACCGGAACCAUUUUUUUC